AUGAAGUUGAAAUUAGGAGAGAAAGUGAUUGCACUGAUAACAGAAGCCGACCCAAAAGAACAUAAACUGCAGUUUACGUAUGGUCUUUGGUUUUCACGACGUUCUCCUGGAAAACAAGGCAACAUACAAUCGUACGAUCAGACAUUAAAACUUGUUGGGGUUUUCAAUACAGUGGAAAAAUUCUGGUUAUUAUAUAGCCAUUUAGUUCGGCCGUCCGAUCUCGGAGCUUAUGGAGAUUUUCAUUUAUUUAAAUACGGAAUUAAACCGAUGUGGGAAGAUGAGGCAAAUAGAGAUGGAGGAAAAUGGAUUGUCCGAUUGAGAAAAGGAUUAGCUUCUCGUUGUUGGGAAAAUUUAAUACUUGCAAUAUUAGGAGAACAGUUUAUGGUUGGAGAAGAAAUCUGCGGUGCUGUAAUAUCAAUACGCUAUCAGGAAGAUAUUAUUUCAGUAUGGAAUAAAACUUCAAGUGACCAAGCUACUACUAUUCGAAUAAGAGACACACUGAAACGUGUUCUUAAUCUCCCACCCAACACGAUUAUGGAGUACAAGACGCAUAAUAAUAGUAUGAGGGAUAAUUCGAGUUUUCGGAACACAGACGUGUUCGUACGGUGAAACGGAGUUACAAUCAGGAGGAAAGAAGGACGUUGUGUUAGCAUCAUCAUACAGGCUGAUUUAUGAAAGUUUUACAAUAAAAAUUUAUGUACAUUAUCGAAUGAGAUUCUUUUUUAACGAAUUAUUAAAACUUUUUCCUCAUUUUUGCAUUACAA